CGGCUCCAAUGGGUUUGCGCACGCUGCUGUUGGCAGUUGCGGGCAUCAAUCUGUCGACAUUUUGUUUUCAACGUGCAUUUCUGCAUGGAAGGUCAUUGCGCCCUUUGAAAUUUCGUUGGUCCCAAACGAAAAAACUUGUGAUGAAAAGAACCCGCGAGUCAGACAAUGACGAGUCAGGGCCGCCGCGCAUGGCUAAAGAUGCAGCGUGUGCCGAAAGAGUGCAAUCUGCUUGGCGUGCUGAUCCUCGUCUUCAGGGCAUUGGGCCGUUUGCCAGUGAAGCCCUGGUGUACCAGGAUGAGGAGGGUUCCCGGCGGCUGCACGGCCGGCUUGUGCGGCCGGCAGCUCCAAAUGGUGCCGGGGUGGUUGUUGUGCACACUGCAGUUGGCCCUCGCGAUUUGUACUUGCAUUGGCGCGCGGAAGUUCUGGCUGCCGGUGGUUAUACAGUCCUGAUUGCAGACUUGCUUGGUGAUGAGUAUGGACAAGGUUGGGAGCCGGAGUGGAAUAGCAAAGCGCGAGAGCCUCUCAAUGAUAGAGCGUUGAGUCGAAAGAGGAUGCAAGCCUCAGUUGCAGCGCUGGCAGCUGUAGAAGGAGUUGACCCCAAGCGAAUUGCAGCCAUUGGGUAUUGCUUUGGUGGCAGAACUGUCUUGGACUUGGCCCGUGCGGGUUCCUUUGCUGGAAUUUCAGCUGCAGUCUCAUUCCAUGGCAUCCUCGAUGACGGGGUCAUAGCCUCGGAGGACAUGUCCCACCCGGAUGCGCCGCAAGUGCUCAUUUGCCAUGGUGAUGCGGAUCCUUUCAUCAGUGCGGAAAAUCGUGCAGCGUGUGAAGAGCAGCUCCGGAGAUGCAAAGCUCGCUGGGACAUGUUGGUGCUGGGAGGUGUUCGACAUGGAUUCACAAAUCCUGCGCAGGCCUUGAAUCCGAACCCGGCCUUUGGAUAUUCCGCCAGGGCGGCCUCGGUCUCGUGGAAGGCGGCAGAGGAUCUCCUCGCAGAGUCACUGAGAUGAGCGACUGGCGGUUGCAGCGGAAAA